AUGCCGAAGCCCCGUCGUGAGUCUGCGGCGAGGGCCGACACACGUCCUGCAUUCAAUCGUCCUCCAAACUCGCGCCCUGCCCCAGCCCCUGCAAUCCGUCUCUCACAAAGCGACGAGGAAGGAGAAUACGAUGAGCCGCGCACACCGAAAAGAGCGCCGAAGGAAAAAGCCAAAGCCUCACCUGUGCCUUCUCCAUCCCCAGAAAAACGGCCGCGCCGACCGAGUGAUCGGUACCGAAGUUCGAGCGGGGUGAAAGACAGUCCAAGGAGAGAGAAACAACAACAGAGAGACCGCGCAAAAUACAGCUCUGGGACAUCUACCAACAGCGGAAGUCAGCUGUUGAGCAGCGAUGCAUUAGCGAAACUGAAUGCGUACAACGACCGGGCAGAUUUUGAAGAAAAGUACGAAGAGCGCAGACGCAACAAGAAGAAACAGAAGCAAUACAAAAACCUUAAGGCAGCAGAGCAACGAAAGAGGAAGCACAAAAACAGGAAUGUUAGUGGUGCUAUACUGGAAGAAGGGAGAGUGGGCGAGAAGCACAGACGCGCGCAUGGACGCGGCGGCGGGUACGGGAAAGAAUACCAGGCUCACAGACGAUCAGACACGGACGACGGAAGGCGCAAGAAGAGACUGUGGUGGCUUGUAAUCCUCGUCGUGGUAUUGCUGGCGAUUUUCAUCCCUGUUGCAGUGGUGGUGAGUAACAACAGCAAGAAAUCCAGUGGAGGAUCGUCUUCGUCUUCGGCGACUACAAGCGGAGGCUCGUCAAGUAUAAGCAAUGACUGCGCCGCCAGUUCGAUCCCGGCAAGUGCAAAGGGCACCUACACCGACAUUUCCACCUGGAUGGACACGGCCGAUUUCAAUUGUACAUACACUGCCGAGACAGUUGGUGGCCUCUCGGUCAUGGGCCUCUAUUCAAGCUGGGAUGAUUCCACCAAAGCCAACGACAACGUCCCCGCGCUCAACGAACAGUGGGAGUAUGGAAAGAUGCCCAUCAGAGGCGUGAACAUAGGUGGCUGGCUUUCGCUAGAACCAUUCAUCACCCCUUCAAUAUUCAAUUAUCCUGCUUCGGCCAAGGUGGUCGACGAGUGGACACUGACGCAGAAGCUGGGGCCGUCUGCGCAGCGCGUUAUCGAGACGCACUACGCAACGUUCAUCACAAAGCAAAGUUUCGUCGACAUCAAAAAUGCAGGCUUGGACCAUGUAAGAAUACCUUAUCCAUAUUGGUCCGUCACAACAUACGAUGGCGAUCCAUACGUACCAAAGAUUGCCUGGCGAUACUUGCUUCGAGCAAUCGAGUAUUGUCGAGAGAACGGACUGAGAGUGAACCUCGACUUGCAUUCUGUCCCUGGGAGUCAGAAUGGAUGGGCUCACAGUGGUCACCAGGGUGAUAUCGGCUGGAUACUUGGCCCUGAUGGCGCCACCAAUGCGCAAAGAUCGUUGGAUAUCCACAACCAACUGUCCCAAUUCUUCGCACAAGAUCGGUACAAGAACGUGGUGACCAUUUACGGCUUGGUCAAUGAACCAAAGAUGCUAGUAAUCCCUCCUCAGUCUGUGCUUGACUGGAACCAAAAAGCCAUCGCGAUCAUCCGAGGAAAUGGCGUUAAGCAACGCAUCGUCUUCGGAGACGGCUUUCUCAGUUUGAAUAGCUGGGACAACAUGUUCCACGGUGUCGAUGAUAACCUAGUAAUGGACACCCACCAAUACCAAAUCUUCAACACGGGACAACUCAAGUUGAAGCACCAAGACAAAAUCAACCUCGCCUGUUCAGGUUGGACUGGACUAAUGGUUGCAGCCAACAACCCUCAAACCGGAUGGGGUCCCACUCUGGAUGGCGAGUGGUCCCAGGCGGACACAGACUGCACACCAAAUCUGAACAACGUCGGCGUCGGCUCCAGGUGGGCUGGUACGCUCGACACCGGCGACCCAGGGACAUCAGUUCUGACACCGACCUGUGCCGAGCCGCCUUGUUCUUGUGCGGAAGCCAACGCUGACCCGAGCCAGUACAGCGCUGCCUACAAGCAGUUUCUGCAGAUGUAUGCCGAAGCCCAGAUGCACAGCUUUGAGCAAGCCUGGGGUUGGUUCUACUGGACUUGGAAGACCGAGAGCGCUGUGCAAUGGAGCUGGAUGUUGGGCCUGGAGGCUGGAAUAUUGCCUGAUAAAGCGUACUCUCCCUCCUUCAAAUGUGAUUCCGCCGUUCCCGAUUUUAGCGACCUGCCUGAGAGUUAUUGA